UUUUAGAACGGCAAUGGAAUCUUGUGCGCUAGUUCAGUUGGAAGCAACCGAAGAAAAAAACUUGCUCAAAGACGAAGAGGACAAGGGAAUUUCACUGGAACAAAUGCUUGGCUUGGAGAAGAUCGGUGUCGAAUUGGAAAGUGACUCAGAAUACGAUUUUGUGGAGGAGUCCGUGGAAACUGAUAAAGAGAACGAACUGGAGCAUUCUCCAGAAUACGCAGAGCUGGUGCAUUGGAGGAUUAACUUCAGAACCCGUAAUCACGUUCCAAGUGAUCAUAUUUUUGUGGAUACAACUUCAUCAACCGAAGAGUCGUCCUCAAAAGCAAUGAAUCAGUUCCUGAAAGGACCAGACGGGGAAGUUCUGGCGAAAUACUUUCAAUUCUGUCACGAGCUCAAAAACACUACAUAUAAAAAUAAAUACACAAUUCGGCUCGACGCCUACAAAAUGACGUUCAGUGAGCGCGACGACAGCAUUCUCAUACGUAGCGAUGGUGACUCCACCGUCCACAUGGGAAUCUCCAACAACACUCUGUUUCGCAAUCGGAAUAUGGCAAUUGAGGAGCUGAGAAAUAUGCUCAGCCAGAAUAUUCGCGUCUACAAAUCAUUGUUUGUAACCAAUCGCUCGCAGCAGAUGGGAGAGAUGGAUCUAUCAAAGUGUGUAAGUACAAUUACCGCCGAAAACCUUACUGUUGUCAUGGAUUCUUUCCCGAACAUCAUUGAGAUUGUGAAGCUUCAUCGUCCAAUGCUCAAUAAGUUCACCCUAAUGUGCUCCGGCGAGUACGGAAAUAUCAUGGAACUAGAGCAAGUGCGCAAUGCUGCCAACCUGAAACUAGACGGACUUUCAAAGAUUACUGAUGAUCAGCUCAAUUCCAUCACUGCCACAAAUUUUGAGAUCACUUCUAAUAUAAUCACUGAUCAAGGAAUCAAUAGAUUCAUUAAGGCGCGUCUUGCUGAUGAUAUUCCGGACAACUACUUCGCAUCAGUGGGAUGUCGGCACGGAAACUGGAAGAUGAAGGAAGUGCUCAGUGGCUUGAAGUACACCGCAUAUGACGACGAGAUGGCAUAUGUCCGCAAGAAUGGAAUGAUUCCAAUCAACGUCUUUGAAGCUGAUUUGGUAAGCUUGCCAACCACUAAACCAAAUGAACGAUUGGUAGUGAUUAUCAACAAAUAUUACUUUGAAUGCUUCAAGGAGUCCAUGAAGCCAGAUCUUCUCGUCCAUGAUACCACCCAGUUGCCAUAAAAUCUUUGAUCUCUUAACCAAAUAUCAUUAGAACAAAUUUUUACGUUCAUUAGCCGUAGUGUUUGAAACUUGAGAUUAAUUUCUAAGUGCUAAACUUUUUUCUAAAGUAAUCAAAUUUCCAUAUUUCGAACUCAUUCUAGUGGUAAUGCAAAACUGGAAUUCAAACAUUCAUUACAACUAGAAUGCCUCCAGUACCGUUAGGAGUUCUCUUAACAUGCCAAUUCACUAUUUUUGUUUAAAGUUUACAAGCUGUCUGUCUUCCGUUCUUGAAACUCCCAUUUCCCUGACCAAAUGGCAUAACCUGAAAACCCUGCUUACAUAACGAUCUAUCCCUGAUUUUUUUACUUUUAAAUGUUCCAUCCAUUUGUCUUAAUCAUAAUCAUAAUUUUCCCACUGCAAUUUUUACUCCUUAUCCGUGCUUCUUUUUUCUUGAGACAUUUUCAAAUUAGUCAUGUGUAGUAAAACCCCCAAUAUCAAACCAUAACACUGUGAAACCCUCUGGAAUAAUGAAUACGAAAGUAGUAGCAAGGUUGCCGUGUAGUCCUGUCCCUUCUCCUUUUGUCUUGUUUGUAAUUUGCAGCUGCAGAUCUGAAGUUUAUGAAAUCAAUAAAUCUGAAUAUAUAAA